UUCGGCUUUUGCAAUACUCAAAUUUAAAGCAAGUAGUAAUUAUCUGCCGUGCAAAUGUCGCUAAUUUUCAAUUAAUAAAAGACGAAGUUCUUGGGAUUAAUGGAAAGCGUGGAGCCGAAACGUAUUAGAACAAAAAAAGCCUGCCUUGUCUGUCAUAAGAAAAAACGAAAAUGCAGUGGCACUUUUCCUUGUUCGUAUUGUCAAAAAUAUUGCUAUGAAUGUCAAUAUGCCCAGGAUUCCGUUCAAAGCAAUGAUUUACACAGAAAAGACAGUUGGUCAGAGACGGAAAGUAGUAAUAGACAAGUUUUAGAGUCAAACAAAUUUGAAAAAGCCAAAUUUUCUCCAUCUGAAUCUGAUAACUCGAAUGAGGUAUGGACUUCUCAUAAUUACGAAUCCGACGACCAUAUAAUUCAAGAAAAGAAAAAACGAAAGAUAACCAAAAAAACAAAUGCCCUUUGUUUUCCUGCUAUCGUGAGUGAGAAGCUUGAAAUUUCUCCGUCAACAAGAUAUAAACCAUUGGCUUGGAAUGUCGGAGCUCGUUUCUGUCAAAAGCGGAAUGAAGAUCCAAAAAUACACACAUAUUUAUCUAAAGAACAAUGCCACUAUUAUGUCUCUAUAUAUUUUCAGAAUGUGAACCCCAUUUUUGAAUUGUUGGAACAAAUUGCUUUUGAGGAAAAACUAAAUACGCUUUGGGCUGCAGAAAUGACCGCUGAGUUUGAGGUUUUACUUAGCACUGUCGUAGUACUUGGCUCUUACUUUUCGCAUCAAAAUUCCUUGUCAACUGAGCUUCAACUAAUGCAACACGCCGAAAGCAUGCUGGAUAAUAGCGCAUUCUCAAUUAACAGUAUUCCAUCAAUCAGCCAAAUUAUUACCUGGAUUUUAAGAAGCGUCUACUUACGAACCGCUGCUCAUCCGCAUAACGCUUGGUUAGCGUCUUGUGUUUAUAUGCAAUGCAUUGAAAUUUUUUGCCUUCAUCAUGAUACCAAUGAGGAAGAGGCAGUUUUAUCUGAGCCUGAAGAGCAAAAAUACACUUAUUUUUCUUCAAAGAACAAAAUUUUUUCAAUUGGAUGGGCUUUUAACAGAAUAUUAGCCUCAGAAUACGGGACAACUCCUAUAAAACUAUCUCAGUUGAAUAUUAAAAGAGUGGAUUUUCCAGAAAAAUCAAAGUCUCAUCAACUUGUACGUUUAGCAAGUAUUUUACCCGAAAGUGACGAGUUGACAAAGGAACCCCAAAUGGCAUAUCUCGCAGCAAUCCAGAGGAUAUCUCAUCUUUCGAAAUUACAACCCGUCCAACUUACCCUUAUGAGAGCAACCGUUUGUUUCCAUUUGUACCGAAGCCUUUUUUUAACAAACUCUCAUCCUGAUGAAACGAUCGUCGGUAUCAUAGUUAAAAUGACUGAUGAAGCAUUGGAUAAAUGUCUGACUUUAUGCCAAAAAAGACUAGCAUGGUGGAGUAUUUUGGACAUACCAUUUCAUGGUAUUUGUGUCCUCUUGUCGAUUGAUACCAAAGAAAGCUUGCAGCUAAUUCCAAAGGCAUUUGAAGCUCUGAACACUGUUAUAGAAAUUUUCAAUACUCCUGCUUCGAGAGAUGCUUUUCAGGUUGCUUCAGCGUUGUGCGAUGCAUUAAGGAAUAGGAAAAUAAACGAAGCAAAAUUAUUAGAUUAUAGAGAACCAUUGAAAAAACAAAAAAAGGAUUUAUUCGACGAUUUUAACUUGCAUGGAUCUUCUGAAUUGGUUAUGGGAGACCCAUUUUUCGAUUUAUUUAAUUUUGAUACUGAUCUUUAUUGUUAAUAUGUGGUGCAUUCUGUUGACCGAAUGUUUACGAAUUGAGUCCUUCGCUACAAUGUUCGCCAUUCAUACAAAAGAUUUGGCCCAAGUUAUGAUAUUAUUAGAAAUCGCCAAUGAUCUUUAUGGUAAUACCAAGGAUCAAAGAUUAUACGGGAAAGAACAUUUAUAACCGACACAAUUAUUUUCGUGUUCUUACUUAAACUUAGAUAAAACAAACGGAAAACCCUUUUUCACAUUCCUCCUGUAGCGAAUUAGGAAGAUUAUACUUUUUUUUUAGUAAAAAAAAAAAACAAAAAGAGGAACCCUAAUCUCGUAAAACUAAGUUAUCCCACUCUUAGCAAUUUAAGUAUUCAUAAGGAGAUCAUACAGGAGAAGACCCCGUGAAUCUUUUCCGUAAACUCAACAUCAUUGUGCUCUUCAAGAUAAUUUGCUAUAUAUUGUCUACUACGAGAAACACUCUUCAGAUGAAGAUAGGUUUUCACAGUCUUUCAUUGAAAGAACGCUUGAGUGUCUUUACUGAAAAAUAUGAAUUCGUUCCAUGGAGUCCGCGAGAAUUAUGAGGCGCCUUACUUUAUAAGAACACUAGCCGAUAUCAUGAAGAUGUAGCAUGUAAGGUUUAUGAUUCCAAGUAAGACCUUUCUUUUCAUAAUCAACGAGGAAGAUAACCACUGCUAGUUUUUAAACCCAAAGACAUAGCCAUAUUAAGAGAGCAAUGGAGUUAACUACUAAGGGAAUGAAAUAAUCAAAAGUCUCAUCCCAAAUUUUAAAAGUGGAAAUAGUAGCAGAAUGAGACCCAAAAAAUGAAUAAAACGGUGAUAAAAAACGCCCGAAAUCAUAUAUACUGCUGUUCUUAGAUUACAAUAAGCAGGGACAAUAAGAGUCAAAAUUUCAACUGGUCGA